AUGGCGCCUUCAGCGACCACCUGGAAUUCGCCCCAGGAGGGUAUGAAUGGUGCAGUUGAGGAAACGAUACUGGAGCAGACCUUCGAAGCUGCUCCAGGAGAAAGCGACGAUGCGCCUGAAGUCAAGGCCUUCAAAGAUAUUUAUUCUCAAGCUUUUAAAGAUGGAUACAUUUCGGGAUAUAGCCAACCCCAACUUGCAAAGCAGAUACCAAUAGCAAUCGUCGGAAUUUCGUGUCGGCUGCCAGGAAAUGUUAGCACUCCGGAUGAGUUUUGGGAGCUCUGUUCGAGAGCUCGAAGCGGUUGGUCAGAAAUACCGAAGGAGAGAUUUGAUACCGCAAGCUUCUAUCAUCCAAAUCCAGGAAAGGCUGGCUGUUUUAAUGCAGCUGGCGGAAAUUUUCUCAAAGAAGAUGUAGGGCUCUUUGAUGCGCCGUUUUUCAGUCUUACUGCCCAGGAAGCAACUUCGAUGGAUCCACAGCAACGAAUUUUGCUAGAAUGUACUUUUGAAGCUUUGGAGAGUGCGGGUAUCCCGAAACAUGAAAUUGUUGGGAAGGACGUGGGUGUGUUUGUCGGUGGCUCAUUCUCAGAGUACGAAUCCGCAUCAUUUGUGGACACCGAUAGUAUUCCUAUGUACCAAGCUACAGGAUGCGCUUUUGCUAUGCAGUCGAAUCGCAUUUCUCAUUUCUUUGAUUUACGAGGGCCUAGUUUUACCAUGGACACUGCAUGCUCUUCGAGUUUGGUUGCUUUACAUCAAGCUUGCCAGAGUAUUCGGAAUGGAGAAUGUAAAUCAGCUAUCACCGGUGGAUGCCAUCUCAAUAUGCUACCAGAAAACUGGAUUUCAAUGUCAAAUUCUCGUUUGUUUUCCGAUGAAGGUAGAUCUUUCUCUUUCGACAGCCGGGGCACUGGUUAUGGACGCGGUGAGGGUUGUGGUUUGGUUGUUUUAAAACCUUUAGAGCAAGCUCUUAAGGAUAAUGACAACAUCAGGGCCGUGAUAAGAGGAAGCGGAAUCAACCAAGAUGGUAAAACUCCUGGAAUAACCAUGCCUAACGGUUCUGCACAAGAAUCGCUCAUGAAAUGGGUCUACGAAAGUGCUGGUAUCGAUCCAAAAGACACAGGUUACGUGGAAGCUCACGGAACCGGUACCAAGGUUGGGGAUCCUAUAGAAGCUACCGCUCUGUAUAAUGUAUUUGGAGAAGGCAGAAAUGCCAGAAAUCCCCUCUUCAUUGGAUCCGUGAAAUCAAAUAUUGGACAUCUUGAAGCUGCUUCUGGUAUCAUAUCGGUGAUUAAGACGGCUAUGAUGCUUGAAAGAGGCUUUAUCCUGCCUAAUCACGAUUUCAAGACGCCUAAUGAGAACAUACCCUUUUCAAAAUGGCAUUUGAAGGUUCCUAUCAGUCAACGCCCAUGGCCAAGAGCAAAGAAGUUUGCUAGUGUAAAUAACUUUGGGUUUGGAGGUACAAAUGCACAUGUUGUUUUAGAACGAGCUCCUUUCAUAACUGAGCUUGAGCCUGAAUCCAGUGAGAAAGCGCUGCAAGGCAGAAGACUAAUCGCCUUGUCCGCGAACGAUAAAGGAGCUCUAGAGGCGCUCAUGAAGAACAUCGGGAUAUAUUUAGAAAGAAGGCCAGAAUUUUUUCAAAAUGGUCUAAUGAGUAACGUUGCUUACACACUUGGACAACGAAGAUCUCUACUGCAAUGGAGAGUAGCCAUUCCAGCCACAUCAUCCUUCGAACUCAUACAAGCACUCAACUCUGGGAAAGUUACUCCAAUGAGAGAGAUCGAGCCACUGCGUAUAGGAUUCAUAUUUACCGGACAGGGUGCUCAAUGGAACGCAAUGGGCCGGGAGCUUUAUGAACAUUAUCCAGUCUUCGCUGCAUCCCUAGAUGCUUGUGACAAAUGCCUCGUUUCAUUUGGGGCUCCUUUCUCCCUCAUCACCGAACUAAAUAAAGAUGCCACAACAUCGCUUAUCAAUGAAGCCCAUAUAAGUCAACCUGCAUGCACAGCCAUCCAGUUGGCCUUGACUGAUUUAUUAAGGAGUUGGAAUAUAAUUCCAGCAGCCGUCGCUGGUCAUUCCAGUGGUGAAAUUGGAGCAGCAUACGCAGCUGGAAUCUUACCCCUCGACUCCUGCAUGGCCAUUGCAUACUACAGAGGUCUAGCGACUGUUGGAUUAAGAAAGAAAUUUCCAGAUCUUCGAGGAUCAAUGAUGGCUGUAGGCUGUACUAAGGAAGAAAUGGAGCCACUCAUCGAUCAACUUAGCGCAAAGACAGCUCGUAUAGCUUGCUUCAACAGUCCGUCUAGUUUGACUAUCUCAGGAGACGAGCCGGCAAUCGACGAACUUCAAGCAUUGAUGGAACAGAAACAAAUGUUCAAUAGAAAGCUACAAGUGGAUGUGGCUUAUCAUUCUCAUCACAUGAGCUUGGUCUCAAAAGAUUACCGAGGCUGCCUUCAGUCUCUUGCUCCACCCAAAACUUCAAAUGUCAAGUUUCAUUCUUCAUUACUUGGUCAUCUCGUUGAAGGAUCAAGACUUGAGGCCCAGUAUUGGGUAGAUAAUCUGACACAAGCGGUUCGAUUCUCUGAAGCUUUGACGGAUAUGUGUGCACCAGGUGAUGGACAUAAAACUGGUGUGAAUAUACUCAUUGAACUUGGGCCUCAUUCAGCCCUCGCUGGCCCAAUCAAGCAGAUUCUAAAGGCUUGUGGGAAGGAUGCAAUGAAAAUUCCUUAUGCAUCUGCGCUUGUGAGGAAGAAGGAUGCUGUAGAGACAGCAAUCGAUUUGGCUUCAACGUUAUUCACGAAAGGCGCAUUUCUUAACCUUGGCGCUAUCAAUAUUACUCCCCCUCUUAAUCCUCCUUCAUUACUGAUCGACAUGCCUCGAUAUCCCUGGAACCACACAACAAAAUACUGGCAUGAACCACGCUUGACUCAGAAACACAAAAGUCGCACAGCUCAACGUCAUGAUCUUCUAGGUACCCUAGCCAAUUACUCGAAUGAUCUGGAGCCAACUUGGAGAAAUAUCCUUCGAAUCGAUGAUGUUCCAUGGCUUCGGCACCAUAAAAUUCAAUCCCUAACCCUUUUCCCCAUGUCUGCUUUCAUUGAGAUAGCAAUCGAAGCGGCAUCGCAGAGAGCAGCAUCUAAUAAUAUUCAGUACGACAAUUUCGAGCUUCGCGAUGUCUCCGUCACCAAGCCGCUUAUGCUUACUGAAGAGCCUGUCGAAAUUACUCUUCAGCUACGUUCCCGUACACCAGAAAAUUGUGCUUCUGAUAUUUGGGACGAGUUCAAAAUUCAUUCGUGGGCUGCGAAUAAAGGAUGGACCUUGCAUUGCCAGGGAAUAGUAGCCACUAGACUAGGCAAUCACGAUCUUGGACUUGAGAUGAAAUCAAGCAUCGCAAAGAUUACUGAAGCAGCAACAAGUACCGUCAACAAAUCCGAAUUAUACGAUUCGCUUUCAAAUAUUGGUGUUUCAUAUGGAUCGAGUUUCCAAGGUAUGAAUGAUUGCUUCGCUUGUGAAGACGCCUCCAUGGCACAUGUCGUGGUUCCAGACACCAAGCAAGAAAUGCCAAAGGAGCAUCAAGAAGAUAUGAUAAUUCAUCCAGCAUUACUAGAGCAAGUCAUCGAGAUGUAUUGGCCAAUCAUCGACGCCGGAAAGACUUCAUUGGAUACCGUCUAUUUGCCUUCAUCUGUUGGACAAAUCACUAUUUCCCGAGAAAUAACAAAACUCAUGAGAAGUCCGGGUGCAUCCCUUCGGGCCUUCUGUGAGGGUACCUUUCCAUCUGGUUACCCCAAGCCCACCAAUAUUUCAAUGUUUGCCGUGGACAAUGACCUAUCAGAAGCUCCACUGAUUACAAUUCGCGAUUUAACAGUUUCACCAAUCGUAGAAACGAAUUCAAAUUCAGAGAAUGACAUACACAGGGAGCUUUGUUAUAAACUAGAUUGGGAGCCUGUAUUUGAGUCUUCAAUCUCUACGGAACAAAAUGGUGCCUCAAAUGGGGUAUCAGAGGCAUCCAAUGGAUCAGUAAAUGGUACAACGAUUGAAGUAAAAAACCACGAUUAUGCAUCCGAAGGCAUCGUCAUUAUCCAUGAGAGUUCGGAUGAACAAAUAGCUCUUUCAACCAGAUUGACCGAGUCUCUAGAGCAUUUGACCGGGAAAAGACCCGAGAUGGGUGCUCUAUCUCAGGUUGAAACAACCGAAAAGCUCUGUCUGAUCAUUUCAGAGCUUGAUAAACCAUUGCUGUCAACACUCACAUGUUCCCAAUUCCUUGCGUUACAAAAAGCAUUGAUUGGAUCUCGUGGAGUACUCUGGGUGAUCAGAGGAGCAUAUGGUGAUUCAUCUAAUCCUACUACCAACAUGGUCACUGGUCUAAGCAGAAGUAUUCGUUCCGAGUCAAUGCUGAAAUUUUCAACCUUAGACUUAGAUCCAAAAAGUGCUAUUUCUGAUGAGAACACGGCCAACGCUAUUCUCAAAGUCUUCAAAAGUGUUUUUGAUCCAGAAGCUGACGCAAACUGCGAAUUGGAAUUCAUGGAGAGAAAGAGUGUAUUUUUUACGCCACGUAUCAUCAAUGACUCAGAAUUGAACGAAUAUGUUCACAAACAAACAAAAGAUUCUGCUUUGGAGUUGACACAAUUUGGACAGGAACAUCGACCAUUGAAGAUGGCCAUCUCAGUACCAGGUGUUUUUGAAACCCUUCACUUCAUCGAUGCAUCACCGGAGGAAUCUAUAGAAGAUAGCAAGAUUGAGAUUGAGGUUAAAGCAAUCGGCAUGAAUUCAGUAGAUCUUACUGCUGUUUCAGGGCAUACUGAUUAUGACGGCUUUGGCUGCGAGUGCAGUGGUAUCGUUACGAAGACAGGUAGUCGUGUUACCAACUUUGCCGAGGGCGAUCGUAUUUCAGGAAUUGCAGUAUCUCAAGGAGUCUACUCUAGCCGUGCUCUUUUGGAUUCUUCUGCUGCUUUUAAGAUCAAUGAUGAUAUAUCAUUCGAGGUUGGUGCAUCAAUUCCUGUGGCAUUUUGCACUGCAUACUAUGGUUUGAAUGAUAUCGGACGAUUGCUUCCAGAUGAUACUGUCUUGAUUCAUGGAGGAUCCAGUGCAUUUGGGCAAGCAGCUAUCAAUCUUACCCAGAACAUGGGUGCUAAGAUUUUUGUAACCGUUGGUAGCAUCGAGAAGAAAGAUUUACUCAAAUCAACGUAUGGUCUCUCUGAAGAGGAGAUAGUCGUAAGCCAUAAUACUUCGUUCGGACCGAAAGAUCUCCAACAAACACACAGAGGCAACUUUGACAUCGUGUUGAAUUGUAUUCCAACAGAUACAGAUACGCUCCAAGAGUUAUCUUCGUGCUUGAGCAACUUUGGGCGUUUCAUCAAUCUCGCAAAACAAGAAAAUCAUCCAAAACUUGGAAGCGGAACCAACAGAAGUUAUUCUUCCGUUGACUUGAUAUCUCUGGGCACUGAAAGACCUAAAACUUUGAGCGCCGUCCUCUCACGGAUCUCUAGCUUCUUGAUUCAGGGUUCCAUCAAGCCUAUCAACACCACAGUCUUCUCAAUUUCGGACAUUGAGACAGCGUUCAAAACAUUGCAAUCAGCAAAAUUCGACGGGAAAUUAAUUAUUGCACCGGAGCCAGAUAAUUUGGUCAAGGCCACUCCCGCAGAUAAGAAAAGCAAGAUACUUCGCUCAGAUGCCACAUAUAUUCUCAUCGGAGGAACUGGUGGCUUGGGCCGAAGUAUGGCUAGAUGGAUGGUCAGCAAAGGUGCCAAACAUCUUGUUCUUGUGUCAAGAAAUGGCUCUGUCACUGGAGAAGUUAAGAAGAUGGUUGAUGAUCUCAGUACUGUUGGUGCCAAUAUUGUGAUUCGACGUUGUGACGUGUCGAACAGCGAGGCAGUAAAUAAUUUGGUCACGAAUGAGCUUACAGAUAUGCCUGAAGUCAGAGGUGUCAUCCAUGGAGCUAUGGUCCUACGAGAUGUUCUAUUCGAAAAAAUGACAUACGAAGAAUAUACCUCGGUUAUUGAAUCUAAAGUCCAAGGUGCUUGGAACUUCCACAAUGCUCUUAAAUCACAAGCAUUGGACUUUUUCGUCGCUAUUUCUUCUGCCGCCGGUGCAGUUGGAAACAGAGGUCAAGCUUCCUAUGCUGCGGCCAAUACAUUCCUAAAUGCAUUUGUGCAAUACCGUCUCGCUCAAGGAUUGCCUGCCUCAUCCCUAGAUCUUACCGCCGUGUCUGACGCCGGAUAUCUCGCGGAAAACGUCGACGCAGCAGCCGAAGUAAGCAAGAACCUCGGAAGUGACACUAUAUGCGAAGCAGAGGUAUUAGCACUUCUCGGGGCUGCCAUUACUGGUCGUUUGGCUAGUACAUGUAACAAUCACACAAUAACAGGAAUGCGUAUCACCACUCCGCCACCUUUUUGGACUAACGAUGCCAAAUUCAAACAUCUACGACUCGCCCACGAAGCUCUUUCAUCAUCUCUCUCCGAUUCUCCAUCAGCCAAUAUAUCCUUCAAUGCCGCACUUAAGAGCGCCACCACAAUUGAGGAAGCGCAGGAAGCCGUUACGCGAGGAUUAUUACAUAUUUUACCUUGUGUUUUGAUGUUGGAAGCAGAAGAUAUGGAUGUUACACGAAGUUUAUCAAACUAUGCAUUGGAUUCUUUGGUAGCGAUUGAGGUGAGGAAUUCCAUUGCGAGGGAAUUUGAGGCCAAUUUACAGGUUUUGGAAUUGUUGAGUAGUGGCAGUAUUGAGAUGUUGGCGAGAGCCAUUUGUGGAAAGAGUAAACUGUGUAGUUUUUAG